AUGGAAGGAAGAAAUCGAGCAGCAAUUUAUCUCGUCCGAAAGGCGACCAUCGGCAGCAAUGCGACGGGGACAACGACCACCAGAACGCCACCGCCUACGGCGCCGACGCCCCCAGUGGACCCAUCGGCGUCCAUUCCAAACGCUAAACCAACUCUCAGUGAAAGGGAAUUGAUCAGAAUCGAAUUUUAUAAGACGUAUGAUCCGAUGGUGGGAAUUAGGAUAGCCGCAACUCUCGGUAGCUUUUUCGGCCUAAUGGUCAUUAUGGUGAUCUACAAAAGCAGAAGCAAAAAGAACAGACAACUCAACGAUCCUAGAUUAACUGCAGCUGCUGAGGCUGCUGUUGCCGAAGCAGAGGCUGAAGAGGCCUUAGCCGCAGCACUGGAGGCGAGAUUAAAUCAUGGAAGAAGGUCUCUAUGUCCAGAACUGGAUCGAUUCCCGCUAUCGUCGCCUAGGUUCUCAUCGAUUGGAGGCGGUUACGACGCGUUUAUAAUGCCACCGCUGAGACGGCAAAGGCGACGAAGAUACUCGAAAAGUCCUCCUGAAGAUCAAAGAAGGUACAGUUCCGUGACAUGUAGCAGUACAGGAAGCAGCUAUUUGGAGAGGAGAGAAUCAGCUACAACAUUGCCUUAUCUUCCGCCACCUCCAUCCUAUCCUCGACAUGCACCAUCAUACGAGGAACCCUGGGACCGUUACCAUCACAUUGAAUAUCCGAUAGAUAUUCAGGUGACCCAACCAACGCCGGAUAUUUCGCCCUGUGAUAGUGAGGCUGGCCUCUAUACUGCGGGUGCGAUCACGGCAAGAGCGCUCGCUUCCGGUAAACGUGCGCCCUUAGCCUCAAUGACGAGUGUUGAUCCACCAGAACCGGAUACAAGGUCACUUGGCUCGGACUCGGUGUUCGUCAACGAUGAGGACACCAUCGACACUGAGGAUGAAGUCUCGGGAUUUUCCACCGAUUCGGAUGUCACGGGAUCAAAUUAUCGUCGACCGCAGUUCCUGAGAGUGCCACCUAGCUCAAGACGUCUUCUUGCCAGGUGGGACGGCUGUGAAAGUUGUGUGCCUCGACGACGACCACCAGCCAGGUCCUGUCGAACCUGUUUGACCAUCAGUGCCACCAUUGAAACACAGAGACCCAGACUCAGGUCAACAAUCAGCUCGAGUAGCAGCAGUAGCAGCAGCACACUAAAUUCACCACCUCAUUCACCGCCGAUCGAGCUUAGGGAGAGACCAACAGGGUCCGGGCAACUAUCAGAAUCGCCUCCACCUCGGUCCCAGGAGACACUCUUUUAGAUCCUCGCGUUCCUCAAAUAAUAAAAGAAUUCCCCGAAAAAAUAUUUCAAAAAUAAAAACUAAAA